UCACACUUCACUGACUUCAGGGUCAUGCUAUGUCUCUUUAUAGUUCCAUCAUGUUAUCUGUCCUCACUUUCGGGAAGGGCCAAUGCUCUGGGAGUUCCAUUUGCUGGCAGGAGAGUUAAAACUUGCCCAGGCCUGUGGCGGUCAUGUGGUCUCAGCUGAGCAGCAGCUGCAAAGAUCUCAAAGACAUGCCAGCAGAGGAGGCUGGUGGAUGCUUUCUUUUCCACCCCUCGAUCUGAGAUAGCUCAGCUCAGGGAUGCCAUCAGAGUUUUCCAGCUCCCCUUCCUCGGUGCCGGCUGCUACCGGGCCCGGCCAUGGCCAGGCUCCCUCUGCCGCGGCCUCCAGCAGGUGGUCAGCCCUGACGAGCCGGAGCCUUCCGUCUCCCCCGCCGGCAGCCGGGGAGAAAAGGGGCUCAGCCGGCUGGGCCGCUUCCCACAGCAGCGGCUCCCAGAGACUUGGCCGGGCCCAGCCCAGCCACCCAAGGCAGAGCGGGCCUAAGCUGGGCCCCACUGCUGCCCGUGAUGUUACCUGGUGCCUCACCGGGAGGAGAGAGAGGGAGGGCUUGCCCAAAGCCUCAGUUUUAUAUGGGUAUUACCAAAAGUUGCAUUCUGUUUUCUCAGUGGUCAAACUACAUACCAAUAGUCAAGAACUGGCCCUUGAUAGGUUGUUGUCUUUUCUAAAGAAAUCUAAGGUCCUAACAGGGCAAUAGUCCAUAUUCUUCUUUAACUAAAACCCAAACUGUGUUAACCCAUAACAUUAGCUCAUACCUUUGGGAUCCUGUGUGGGUGAUAGCUAGGGACAGGCGCUCGGAAGAUCACGUGAUGUCACGGGAAGAUAAGGACCCUCCCCCCGUCCCUUCGGUGGUGGCCCCUCCUAGCCCCAUUAGCUUCCCACCAACCACUGACCUUUAGAUCCUUUGCCCUCCCACUGACAUAGUAGAAGACCCUUUAGACUAUUUAACCCCAUGUGUAAUACAAUAAACCGCCAUUUGCCGUCCACCACAUUGGUGUCAGCGUGUUAGUGGCCCGAGUAGCUCGAGGACGUCGAGCUGCCGUGCUGACUCUUUGAAACCAGGUCGCCAUUGCCUCAUAUCGAAGGCAACAUUCUGGUGCCGAAAGCCCGGGAACAAGAAAAACGCUCGGGAGUCGGGAUUUUUCGCCUGGACAGGAGCAGCGGCCGGGGCAGGCCAAAGGAACUGACCCUCGGCGGGGGAGACGUCCCCGGACCAGCGAGACUCAUGGAGGCAAUCGCGAAGGUCGUAAGUGUAAUUCACAGACAGUGGGAGAUUGAGUGCAAGCCCAGAGAUUUACAACUUGCUUUGGCAAGAUUACUGGAGCUUGGGGUGAUAGAGCGCCCAGUAGAAAUCCUCCAUUCGGAGGUAUGGGGGAGGUGUACACUCGCGCUGGCCGAAGAUACGGAAUCCACAGGGAGCGGGAAACACCUUAAAGCAUGGGGGAGGGUCAAGCAAAGUUUACGGAAAGCGCUGGAAGAACAAGAGACCUGGAGUGCCGCCCGUGUGUGUUUGCUGGCCACUCCUAAGCUGGGAGUGGGGGCCACCACGCAAACGGCGUUUGAAAAUGAUUUAUCCGAGUGCGAGAAGCCGCGGGAGCCAAGCACGCUUCCCCCCUCCCGGAGCCCGAGCCCAAAGUCCCCGGUGCCCUCAGGGAACCCCCCGACCCCCACCCCGAGCCCGUCGGCUUCCCCCCCGCCCGCGGAGCCUUCCCGGGCAUCCGGAGGUCCCUCCUCAGUCCCCUUGCCGUCGAUCGGUGGUUCGGUACCCGAGGCGCGGCAGCGCGGGCGAUUUUUCUGGCAAGGACUGGCCGAAGAGGCCAGAGACGCCGAGCACGUGGCUCAGGAGAGCACGCGGCCGGCACCGCCACCGUACGGGUUUGAAAAUGGCGCCGGCGGCAGCGGGGAGGGGCGGGGUCUGAACGUUUGUGGUGGGGAGAGCCCGGAGCCGUGGGUGUGCGCCAGUGCGCAUGCGCAGGGGAAAGCCGGGGAAGAGGGAGAGAAGUGCGUGCUCGGACAGGAGCCGCGGGCUUCUGCUGGCGCGUGCGCGCAGCAGGAGGGGAGGGGGUGCAUGUUCGGAGCGGCGCCGCGAGUCCCCGCAGGCGCGUGCGCGCCGGGAAGCGGCGGGGAAAGCGCGCCCGGCCCGGCGCCGUGGGCUUCCGCGGGCGCGUGCGCGCCGGGAGGCGGUGGGGAAGGCGCGUUCGGGGAGGCGCCGCCGUUCCCCGCGGACGUGCACACGCGGGAAAGCCGCGGAGAGCGCCCGCGUAGUUCGGAGCCGUGGUUUUCCGCGGACCCGCAUGCACGGGACAGCGGCGAGGAGCGCGUGCGCGCCUCGGGGCCGCGGUUUCCCGCAGGCACGCACGUGCGGGAGGGGCGCGAGGAGCACGUGUCCCGUCGGGAGCUGCGCUCAGCACUGCCAGCAUUUAGGGGAGAGACCUCGCCCCGCAAGAGGCAGGGCAAGCCCAGGGGGCGAGAGCAGAGCCACCCCCGAGAGGGGGGGCGAGAGCGGAGCCACCCCCGAGAGGGGGGGCGGGAGCGGAGCCACCCCCGAGAGGGGGGGCGGGAGCGGAGCCACCCCCGAGAGGGGGGGCGGGAGUGGAGCCACCCCCGAGAGGGGGGGCGGGAGUGGAGCCACCCCCGAGAGGAGGGGCGAGGCCGGAGCCGCACUGAACGACACUCAAACCCAGAAGUGAGCUGGCAGUGUGUCUCUGACUCCUUAUCAGACAGUACCGGCGGCAGCAGCUCCGGAGAGCAGACAGAGAGUGAUUGGGAUUCAGAAACAAAGAGAGCAGAACCAACACGAUUUAAAAUGAAACCUAAUAAAGCUUUCAGCCACUCCAAAAAGAGUUUACAACAUGAGCCAGCCCAGGUCACUGACUGGGGAAAAAUAAAAAUAGCCUGUGCUGAGUGGACACCGGCUUCCACAGUGAAAGCAUUCCCAGUAAGGGUUGCUAGAAUAGAGGACAACCAACAAAAAAUAUACACGCCAGUAAAUCCCAAAGACAUACAAACAAUUGUAAAAGCGAUUCCAGAGAAAAGGAACGAACCGAGAGCACCCAAGUGUCCCACGCCGGUGAGACCCAGGCAACAACGAUGCUUUUGUAUGAUUUUGCUAUUGGGGCUGGUUGCCAGAAUGCAAGCCAGCCCAGACUAUUAUCCUCAUCAACCAUUCAGGUGGGUCAUGAAACACCUUUCAAAUGACAAGGUGCUCAAAGAAAUCACCACACCGGGCACCCCAUCCUUUGUGUUUCACAUCACUGAUCUGUUCCCGGGGCGACCAAAGAUAGACCGCCACGCCCCACACCUCAUGCACAUGUACAUGGCCUACUGGUGCCCAGCCUCUAACCCAGGGAAAAGGUACUGCAACUACCCGGGGUGGGGCCACUGUGGUUACUGGGGCUGUGAAACCAUUGUUACAGAUGCCAGACCAUCAGGAUAUGGGUGGGACCCACAGGAACCCGAUAAAUUCUUACAGUUCUCCUGGGCACCCACCGGCUGUAACAAACCCUUCUUCAGGUCAGGGUUCUAUCGAAACUAUUAUCAGGACCCUACACGCCGGACAUGCACUGAUUAUAACAUGACUGUUUUACAACCAGAUCACCCUAGCUGGGCCACAGGCAGGACGUGGACAGUAGUCCUCCAGUCACCAAAAGAAUGGGUGAAUGUACAGAUUAUCAGGCUCCAGCCGCCAGUGCCCCGAGCGGUCGGACCCAAAGAAAUUAUUAGAGACUCACAAAAAGGGAAAAGCACAAUCCACCCCAAAUCUUUGCCCACAAAGGUCACCAAUACCCCGACCAGCUAUGCAGAUGCCUUUCAGAUAGACCACUUAGCCGUGUCUGACCCGAAUCCCAUUUUCCGCAUGCUAGAAGCUACCUUUUCAUCUCUGAAUGAAUCCAACCCAAACCUAACCAAUCCAUGCUGGCUCUGUUACGAUGUUAAACCUCCUUUCUAUGAAGGAGUUGCUCUAAACAUCCCAUUCAGUUAUUCCACAGCAGAUGUCCCCCACCAGUGCAGGUGGGACACUCCCCGCAGAGGAAUCACCUUGAGUCAAGUCACGGGUCAGGGAAAAUGCUUUGGCAGUGCAACUUUAGCCAAGCAGAAGGGAAAUGUUUGCACCGAAGUUGUCAAACCUGACAAGAAGAUCAAUAAGUGGGUGAUCCCAGCUGCAUCCGGAAUGUGGGUUUGUCAACGGUCUGGGGUGAGUCCUUGUGUGUCCCUGGCCAAAUUCAAUGACUCUGAUGAUUUUUGUAUCCAAGUUCUGAUUGUUCCUAGGGUCUUGUACCGCUCAGACGAGGAGGUGUGUCAACUUUCCGAGGAACCGGGCCGGCUCCACAAGCGAGAGAUAAUAACAGGGGUAACCAUCGCGAUGCUGCUCGGCCUGGGAGCAGCCGGUACAGCCACAGGUGUCUCAGCCCUCGUGACCCAACACCAAGGACUUUCUCAAUUACAAGUGACUAUCGACGAGGACUUGCAGAGGAUCGAGAAAUCCAUCUCCUUCCUGGAGAAAUCGGUUUCCUCACUUUCAGAAGUCGUCCUGCAGAACAGGCGGGGACUGGACCUCCUGUUCAUGCAACAAGGAGGCUUGUGUGCCGCCUUGAAAGAAGAAUGCUGUUUUUAUGCUGAUCAUACAGGAGUCGUUAGAGACUCCAUGGCAGAGCUCCGAGAUAGACUGGCUCAGAAAAAGAAAGACAGGGAAGCCCAACAGGGCUGGUUCGAGUCCUGGUUCAAUCAAUCGCCAUGGCUCACCACCCUAAUUUCCACAUUGAUAGGUCCAUUGGCAAUGUUACUCUUAGCUCUCGCCAUUGGACCAUGCCUGUUAAACAAGCUGGUCACAUUUAUUCAAACACGCCUAGAACGGGCCAACAUUCUAUUUGUAGGACAGCAACAAUUGUUGUAAACCAAACUGUGAACACUGCCAGUUGCAAAGUUCUGCCUAGUCAGCCUCACAGAAUUUACUCAAGUUUUCCAAACCCCUUCUUUUUUUUUUUAUCAAGUUACUACCUUGUACCCCUUUUCUCCAAUGCCUCUAACUACCUCAUUUUUUUUUUUUGUGAAAAGGGGGGGGGAGAUGUGUGGGUGAUAGCUAGGGACAGGCGCUCGGAAGAUCACGUGAUGUCACGGGAAGAUAAGGACCCUCCCCCCGUCCCUUCGGUGGUGGCCCCUCCUAGCCCCAUUAGCUUCCCACCAACCACUGACCUUUAGAUCCUUUGCCCUCCCACUGACAUAGUAGAAGACCCUUUAGACUAUUUAACCCCAUGUGUAAUACAAUAAACCGCCAUUUGCCGUCCACCACAUUGGUGUCAGCGUGUUAGUGGCCCGAGUAGCUCGAGGACGUCGAGCUGCCGUGCUGACUCUUUGAAACCAGGUCGCCAUUGCCUCAUAUCGAAGGCAACAGGAUCCUAGAUCAAAAUUACUGCAAAUAAGGCAG